ACCGCCUCGCUAACGUCGUUAACACGUCAAACCACAACUCCGCAGACCAUGCCAUGCCUUGGAGCUGACCUCUGCGUUUGAUACCGACGUACAAACUGUUGUAUCUAGUCCUGCCUUCGACAGUUGCUGCGAGAAGGUGAGAAAGGUGGUUGACAAAACUAGUUCUGCGGGUAGGACUGGCAGAUGUAGCUCUCGCGGCGUGAGGAUGCCUCUCGUGGCAAAGGCGCUGUCCCUGGUGCUGAUUCUCCCGGCGUGCUGCAUCCUGGCUUUCUCCGACUACGACUUGGAGGUCCUGCGGGCCCAAUGUGUCGCUAGAUGCUAUGAAAAGUACGUCAGGGCAAGAGAACGGGACUGCGCCGCUAGCCGGGGCUGUGCAGAGUGUGCGGAGCCGUGUGAUGGAGAUCCCUGGAACGGAACACUCAAUGGCCAAUGUCAGGAGUGUCAGAAUGAAAGCGUAUGCCGGACGAAAGAAUGUGAGGACAGUCGCCAAUUUUUCGCCGAACUCUACCACAGAGGUAGAGUAGCCGUUUCGUCGGUACCAUCUCAGCUGUCCACUCCACGUCUGAUCUGUAACGGGAGGGAUCCCACAUACUGGGAUCCCACAUACUGGGAGUACAGCGGGUACAUCAUCCUGAAGUGGAGCCUGUCCGUCACGCGAGACCUGCCGCCCGCCACCAGGAGAGCCGUGUACUACGUGGUGCGGCAGCGGGCCAGGUAUCUGGAGAACCGCAGGUGGCACGUGUCUAAUUGGGACGUCGUGGGGAAGGCACAUACAAUGGACGGCACGGUGACAAUCAGGACACUCACACCGGGGGCCAACUACCAGUUCGAAGUGACCGCGGUGCUGCCUGAUGGCAAGACCGGAGCCCCUGUCGUAGGACAAUGGAUCACCCCUCGACCAGCUGCAGUUCGUCCAAGAGCAAAUCCUCCAUCUGACCUUAGAGUGGAAAACAAACGCUUUAAGAACGGCAACGUCAGCGUCACCAUAGCCUGGACUCCCCCGGAAGAACUCCCGUGUGAGUACAGCCUGCACUUGCUGACAGACACCAGCAUAGCAGACACGCCCGUCCGGAUUGAUAGGCCGGUGGAGACGAGAUACACGUUUCACAACCUGACAUUUGACAGUAAUUACACAGUACUGAUGCGCAGCACUUUCUAUGAAGGUGCUAUGGAGAGCAGGGCUGUGAGUAUGUGGUUCCAAACACCCCACUGUCUGGACGUCUCUGGAUACAACUUCAGUGUCUGUGCUCCUGGAGCCCCGCGGAACUUGACCUACCGGCUGUCUGUGACGGACAACGUCGCAGUCGUCUCGUGGCUGCCGCCCUUCAGGACCUCACUGACCAACCCUGUGUCCAGUUACGUGGUGUUAGUGCGGCAGGAGGUGCAGCCUGCCGUGGACGGUACCAUACUGUCAGCACAAGCCACACAGGAAGUCAUUCCAGGGAGCCAAACGAACUUUUCCAUCAUCGACUUGAAUCCAGGGACUGUCUACCUGGUCUCGAUUGCAGGAAGGACACCUGGUGGAACCGGUGCGACUAGCAUCCUUUACAUUCAAACAUUAUCAGAAAAAGACACCACCACAACUGUACUGACCAGUCCUACCAUGAUUGCGGGUUCCGUGAGUCCAGCCUGGCUCAGCGGAGUCAUCCCCAUGUUACUGUUGCUCACAGCCCUAGCCGCCUGGGCAGCCAUUCACAGCUACCGCAAAAACGGCGGCUUCUUCAGAAGAAAGCAUCGACAAGAGAGCCCCAUGCCGCUUUUCCCGGAGUCGCCAGUGUUCCACGGGUUACGUCACGACCACUGCUUCCUGCUGCAGAACAGGUUCUACAGCGAGACGGACGUCCUGUCAGACCAACACGACGAGUAUGAGAUGGACUUCAGCCAACUGGAGUUGGAAGAGGUCAUCGGAGAGGGAGCGUUUGGCAAGGUGAUACGCGGCAAGUCAGAAAAUGCGACUGGUGUUGACCAAGCGAACCUGCUAGCAGAGAUCGAGUUGAUGAAGCAGAUAGGAGCGAACCGGAACAUCGUGAGUAUCCUGGGCUGCUGCACCCGCCGCUCGCCAGUGUUCCUGGUGGUGGAGUACUGCCCGUUCGGGGAUCUCAAGAACCUCCUCAGAAACAUCAGGGAACAGAAGGAGUAUGAAGAGAACGAACAUCCCCUGCUGGGUAUCAAAUGUCAGGCCAUCAACUCUCCAAAUAUGGGCAACAACGAGGAGGCGUCCUUCGCUCCAGUCACCGUCUCCUCGCUGGUCCCCAUCUACAACCCCGCGAGUGAAGCCAACCCCUCCGCUGCGGGAGGAAGGCCGAAGGACGAGAACCUGGACAGCGGAACCAGCAUGGACCUGAGGGAUGUGCUGGACGUCCUCCCGACCGACCUGCUUUCAUUUGCCCGGCAGAUUUCAACAGGAAUGGAAUACCUUGCUUCAAAGAAAUUCGUCCACAGAGAUCUGGCCGCGCGAAACGUCCUGGUGUGCGAAAACAAAGUGGUGAAGAUCUCGGACUUCGGACUCACGCGAGAUAUCUACGAGAACAGCGAGUACCGGAAGCUAACAGGGGGUAAACUUCCGGUCAGAUGGAUGUCACCUGAAGCCAUCUUUGACCAAGUAUACACCACCCAGAGUGACGUAUGGUCCUUCGGAGUGGUCCUGUGGGAGAUUGUCACUUUAGGUGGAUCCCCCUACCCGGGACUAUCGGGCAAGGAGCUGUUCAGAUACCUGAAGGCAGGGUACCGCAUGGAGAAACCCGAGAACUGCAGACAGGAAAUCUAUGACAUCAUGCUGGACUGCUGGCAGGAUAAGCCCCAGAGACGCCCCACCUUCACGGACAUCCGGGAGCGACUGGAGGCGAUCCUCGGGGACGUCCACCCUUACCUGGACCUCAACGUGGACCACGACCAGGAGUACUACCAAGGGAAUCCACAUCCGAUUAUGACAGCUGCAGUGUCGACGAAUCUCCCAGCAGAGUUAACUCUCCGAGAUCGUCCUCUAUCGAAGCCCACAGUAACAACGUUGAGUUCGUCCUGUGGGACUCGGGCACGGCCAUAGCUGACCUCCCCAAACCGAGACGCUUGACCAC